AUGGCGCCUGCCCUGUCGGCUUCCUUCUUUUCUCUGCCACUGCCCUCCUGGCUGCAGCCGACGAGCACUCGUGUCGCGCAAUAUGAUCGCCGAAAACGUAAGAAGGCCGACGAGUGGACCGAUCGGGAGGGCGAUGGUGCAUAUACGACAGAUGCCACGUCGGCUGGGGAGUCCGGUCUUGUUGGGCCGUCUCUGAUUUUGACGCCGAACGAGUCCCACCAGUACCGGAUCGCUGGUCUCUCUUUUGACCAGGAAUUGCCUGGUGGCAAUUUCCCCCAUGGGCCAGCAAAGGACGACCAUUCCAGACAGGAAGCCAAAGUGCCAGGCCAGCACUUCAGAGACCUGUCCGCAUUAUCGUCCCCCAUCUACCCACCGCAGUCUGCGGCGCACCAAGGCACCAUUCGCCUUCAGCACUUGUCGGUUUUAACCGCCAUUCUACACCGUUGCCUCCUCCAAGGAGAUUAUAUUCGUGCUGGAAGAGCAUGGGGCCUGAUUCUGCGAGAAGAGUUCCGUAGCUUCCCGGUGGAUGCCCGCAGUGAAGGAAGGUGGGGAAUUGGAGCGGAGAUUCUGUUUCGUCGCGGUCAACAAGAAGCCUCGACACAGUCUCCUCGCCCGCUACCCGAUACUUCGAAUAGCCGCAAUGAAACGUCUUUACCAUUCACAAAGAAAGGGUUCGAGGAGGCGAAAGAAUACUACGAAAGGUUGAUAUUAAAUCAUCCGUAUUCGAAAAGUGCCCCACAUGCCGUGUCUACUUUACACUUCUACCCCGCGAUGUUCGGACUCUGGAUCUAUGUCACCCAGGAGGAGAGUCAUACGGCAAGGAGUAAUAUCACGCUUGACACUGAGGACUCCUCUGACGACCUUUCCAGCGGCGAGGGCUCCUCGGUCGAUUUUGACCGUCGGGAGUCAAACAAAAAACAGGCUCUCGUUGCUGGGAUCAGAAGGCAGGAGUUGGAAGAAGCACAGAAAAUUGCAACACGCAUGGACAUGCUGCUUGGAUCUCCUCCGUAUUCUGAUUCCCCAGAAUUACUGGAGCUGCGAGGCAUGGUUUCGCUUUGGAUCAGUGAUCUGUUGAUCUCAUCUCUGAUGACUCCACCGGAAACUGUGGACGAGUACGACCCGGAUGCAAUGCAUAUGGAUGAUCUAUCGAGUUCUCUUGAAACAAGACGCGAACAAAGACUCGCGAUGGAAAAAAGGGAGGCGGAGGUGCAAAAAUCAAAGGAUUUUCUGGAAAAGGCACAAAAACGUGGACGAGGUGUCGCGUACAAUCUGGCGCAUUUCCACCUUGGCGAAGAUUCACAUUCUGACUGA